AUGAGUCAAUUGGGCUCGGGCGGCGGCGGCCCUGCAAAGCCGACGGCCGGCGCGCCGGGGCCUGGUUUCGCUUUCUCCAGCCCCGGCUCCGGGAGAGGCUUUGCUUCGGGGGUUCCGGCCCAGGCCGGGCCAGUGGGCGUCUCUGCUCCCGGCGGCUUCGCCCCCGCCUCGACGUCUGCGCAGCCGACGGCCUUCGGCCUGGCCCCGCCGGGGCCUUCCUCAGCCUUGGCUGCCGGGAGGCUGGGCCCGGGCAGCGGCGGCCCCCCGCCCCCUCCGGGCAUGCCGGGGCCCUUCGGCCGGGCCCCCGCCCCGUCCGGCUUCAUUUUCAGCCAGCCUACGGCCUCGGCAUCCCCCGGCUUCUCCUUCCCCCCCGGGAAUGCCCCCCAGCCGGGGCCCUCGGCUUUCAAACUCGGCUCGGUGGGGAGCCCGGGGCACCCCGCGGUCCUCCCAGCCUUAGCCUUCGCCUCUGCCGCUGCCGCCCCGGCGUCCCCCGCGGCGCCUCCCACCCAGUCACUCCCGGCCUUCGGCCUGGGCGGCCUGGCCCCUUCGGGGCCCGCUGCAGGGCCCCCGGGGUCUCUGCAGGCCUCGGGCUUCAAACAGGGACCUCAGGGGGCUCUGGUCCCCGUCCUCUCGGCCCCCGCCGCCCCCGGCCCAGGCCCCGGCCCCAAGCUGUUCGCCCCUGCAGGGGGCUCCGCCCUUCAGCCCGCUCCCCCGGGCCGCCUGAUGGUCGGAGCGCCUGCGCUGGGCAUGCCGGGAUUUGGCUUAAAGCCCCUCGGGUCCCCCAGCGUGGGCCCCAGCAUGGCCCCGGCGGCCCCCGGGCAGGCUCUGAAGCCGAAGCCCUCUGCCGCCCUGGUCCCUGGCUUCCUGCCCGGCCCUGGCGCCGCCGCCGCCCUGCGGCCCCUCCCGGCUGCCGGCUUCCUCCCGGGCCCCGGCCCCGGCCCCGGCCCCGGCCCCGGCCCCGGCCCCGGCCCCGGCCCCGGCCCCGGCCCCGGUCCGGGCCCCGGCACGCCUCCCCUGGGCCGCGCGUGUCUGGGCCCCGUGCAGACCUACGCGCAGCUGGAGAACCUGAUCAACAAGUGGAGCCUGGAGCUGGAGGCCCAGGAGAAGCACUUCCUGCACCAGGCCACGCAGGUGAACGCGUGGGACCGCAGCCUGCUGGAGAACGGCGAGAGGAUCAUGUCGCUGCACCGCGAGGUGGAGAAGGUCAAGCUGGACCAGCGGCGGCUCGACCAGGAGCUCGACUUCAUCCUGGCGCAGCAGAAGGAGCUGGAGGAGCUGCUGGCCCCGCUGGAGGACGCCGUCCGCGAGCAGGGCGGCUCCAUCUACCUGCAGCACGCCGACGAGGAGCGCGAGCGCACCUACCAGCUGGCCGAGACCAUCGACGCGCAGCUCAAGCGCAUGGCCCGGGACCUCAAGGACGUCAUCGAGCACCUGAACGCGGCCGGCGGCCCGCCCGACGCGGCCGAUCCGCUGCAGCAGGUGUGCCGCAUUCUGAACGCUCACACCGACUCCCUGCAGUGGGUCGACCAGAACUCCGCUCUGCUGCAGCGCAAGGUGGAGGAGGUGGCCAAGGUCUUCGAGGAGCGGCGCAAGGAGCAGGAGCGCGGCUACGGCCUGGCCUUUGAUUAAACGGUCCCCGUGUCCAGGC